CGUAGUUCACCGUCGUGGUGAGAUCACCUCCGGUGAGCUUACCCCGCCCCGAUCUCCACCGACCCUUCCCCUCUACGUAGCGAUCGCGGUUUCGUUCACCUCCCCCAACGCCGAAGCUCGCUAUUUUAUUAUUGCUAUUGUUGUUACUACUCUCCUCUCACGCACCGGUAAGGUUCUUCACCUCCCCUAAUUGUUUAUUCCUCGCUGUAAUUUCUCCUUUUUCCGCCCCCCUUUCCCUCCCAAUUCGGGGUUUGAAUUCGUCCACCGGGGAGAAUUGCGCGGUUUGGUCAAUUUUGAGGAGGAUCUGAUCGAUUUUGAGGUCGAAUUUUGGGGGUUUUGAGGGAAUUUGAGGGCGUGGAGAGGCGACACAGUGUUCGGAGGCGAUGGGUGCAGCAAUUGGUGCCAUUGAUGCCGAUUUUGUGAUGAAAAUCUUGUUUUUGUUCGUUGGAUUAGGUUCCUUGGGCCUAAUUAGGGCUUACGUUGUGAUUUUGUUUCUUACAAUGCUAAGUUUUGAGAGGACACUAUGGGUGCAACUAUCCGUGCGAUUGAUGCCGAUUUUGUGAUAAAAAUCUUGCUUUUGUUCGUGGGACUAAGCUUCUUUGGCCAAAUUAGGGUUUAUGUUGGCAUUUGUUGCUCAUAAUGUUGCUUUUGGUAGCUCCUACGUGCAGUUACACGCUUCUAUCUUUUACCUUUUUUCAGUAAUUUGGAGCUUUUUUUUGGCAUGUUUGAAAUAUUGGGAAGCGUUAUUUCUAUGUAACAUUAGUGUUAAUGUGUUCAAAAUUGCAACCUUUCGCCCUUCAUUGCUCCUCAUGGAAUUUUAUUUCAUGUAUAAGUUAGUGUGGAUUAUAUAUUGGUGGCUUUAUUUUGGAUUUUGGUCGCUUUGAGAUUGAAUAUGAUUAAUAUGAUGAUAGAAGUUGCCUAUUACUAUAGAAAUACAUUAAAUCCUAUAUUGAUUUUUUCAUAUUUAAGAUUAGCUAUUAUACUGUCGGAAGGGUUGGCCCUUUAACGCUAAUUCUUGCCAAUUAAAUAUUAUACAUAUAUAUGGCGCAGAUUUCAAUCUGCUUAUCCAUGGAGAGUGCGAGGAGCGAGAACGACGACUAUAUAACCGACUAUGUGCAAUGCCUUAUGUCAUUGGACGGCAAUGCUCGCAAUAGCGAGAAUGAGAACACUGUCCUUUCGGGCUCUCCCCCUGCUGAAGGGGAGCCUGCAAAUACUACCAUUGCUAUAACUGAUCAGUCCGAGAUAAAAGAAGUAGCUUCUAUAACCACUGGUAGUGCUAAGGAGCCUGAGGUCGGUAUGGAAUUCGAAUCUGAUGAAGCCGCGAAAACUUUCUAUAAUGAAUAUGCAAGGCGCUUGGGGUUCCCAUUUCGAGUCGGACGGUCUCGGCGUUCCAAAGGAGUUGAGGAGGUGCUCAUUAUGAAGAGGUUUGUUUGUUCGAAGGAAGGUGUUUAUAGAAAGAAAACUUCUGGUGAGUGCACGAGGAAGCGCGAAAGGAUCUCAAUGAGAGAAGGUUGCAAAGCCAUGAUGGAAGUAGUUAGGGAUUCCAACCGUUGGGUUAUUUCCAAGCUCGAGAAGAAUCAUAAUCAUCAUCUAGGUACUUGUAGUCGAGUAGGUUAUCUUCGUGCUCGAGGUUUUAUUGAUAAUUCAGAUAAGGCCACUAUAGUGGCCUCUGAUGCGAUGGCCCUUUUUCGACAAAAUGCCUUUGGGGAAGGAGGAGAUGCGCAGGGCCUGCUUGACUACUUCAAGAAGAUGCAAGCCGAAAACCCUAAUUUCUUUUAUGCAAUACAGGUUGAAAACAACAGUUGCGUGACCAAUGCCUUUUGGGCCGAUGCAAGGGCUAGAACAGCUUACCGCUAUUUCGGUGAUGCUGUUACAUUUGACACGACAUACAAGAAAAAUAAGUACAUGAUGCCGUUCGUCACUUUCUCUGGAGUCAAUCAUCACCUCCAACCUGUUAUUUUUGGGUGCGCUUUACUUGUAGAUGAGACCGAGUUCUCUUUUAUAUGGUUGUUUGAGACUUGGUUAGCUGCAAUGGGUGGUCAGGCUCCUUGUUCAUUAGUUUCCGAUCAGAAUCGGGCAAUGGCAGCGGCAAUUGCUAAGGUGUUUCCAAAUACGUGUCAUCGGUUUUGCAAGUGGCUUAUUUUGAGUAGAAGCAAGCAGAAAUUAGCCCAUGUGUAUUCAGCACACCCUACUUUGAGGGCCGAAUUGGAAAGAUGUGUAAUUGAGUCUGAGACCAUUCAAUCAUUUGAAACAACUUGGGCUUCGAUAAUUGAUGAGUAUGAUCUGAGGAAGAAUACGUGGCUUCAAGCAUUAUUUAAUAUUCGUCAAAAGUGGAUCCCUUUGUAUUUAAAAGACACAUUUUUUGCAGAAGUUUCUCCAACGCAGAAGCUAGAAACCAUGAAUGACUUCUACAAGAAGCACUUUAAUACCAAGACAUCAUUAAAAAUCUUCCUUACUCAGUUUGAUUUGGCCAUGGCGAGCCGAUACGAGGAUGAGGCUAAUGCAGACUUUGAUAUGCUUUGCAGCAGACCAACUUUGAAAACCGCUUCAUUAAUAGAAAAACAAGCGGCAUCUAUCUACACAAAAGCUGUAUUUGAUAAAUUUCAGGAGGAAUUUGUUCAGUCUUUAGGUUAUAGCAUUCAUAAAAUCAAGGAUGGCACUAUUGGGAAGUUCAGCGUUACAAGAGAUGAGGAUUCGCUUGAUACAUUCUUUGUCUCUUAUAACUCUGCUAAAAAGACAGCAAACUGUAGCUGCAAGAAUUUUGAAUUUUCGGGGAUUUUAUGCCGCCAUAUUUUGGGGGUCCUCUUAAUAGUCGAUCCACGUGUGCUCCCUGGAGAGUGCUUCUUGAAACGGUGGGCAAGGAACGCCAAAGAUGGAAUUAGUUCUGAUGAAAACAAUUCUCUCCCUCAGGAUUGGCAAGAAUCAAUAACCUCACGAUAUGGUGACCUAUGUCAUGAUGCAAUUAGAUGUGCUGAGAGAGGUGCAGCUUCACUUGAGGUGUACAAAGCAGCAAAAGAUGUGUUAGCAAAGGCUUAUGCAGAAAUUGUGGCCUCCGAGAAAAAUCCUGAUAGUGGAGCCCAAAGGGGUGCAAUCAAUAUUAAUGAGGAGAUUACAAUAGACGAAGCGAUGAACCACCAGUCCUUGCAAGAUCCAGAGCGAAAGGUGACAAAUUUACUUGGCCAGUUGCUUGGUUCCACGUGGUCGCCAGUGUGAAUAGUUUGUUCUCAUCUCUCUCUCUCUCUCUUUACUUCUUUUUUCUUUUUUUUUUCUGAAUGGGUUUCUUAUCUCUCAUGGGUGGUAAAAUUACUACUAUCUCUUUGUUAGACACUAAGUUUUUGAUGAGCCAUCCAUUUGUGGCCUCUGUUGAUUGGUGAAGAACAGAAUAUGGAAGGAAGUAGAUAAUAUAUAUGGUACCAAAACGAACCUGUCAGGGGGUACUUACUAACCCGGACAAACUUGAAGGUGAUGUAAUACUUUACGUGAUUGCUUUCAUUGUAAUUUCUAGUCAUCAUCAGUGUAAAUUCUUUAGGUUUUGCUUUGCUAGACGAAACCGAUGUAACAUAUGGUUCCAUCAUUUUGAAAGUACUAAUUUAAAUUAGUUAUGUCAAACUGACCUGUGUAGUAUACAAGGCAUGGUUUCAAUCGAUCAAUAUGGUUGUGACAUUAUAGAUAUGCAAAUCUUGAAAAGUUGUUAUGUAGCAAGGUUUUCUGCGUGUUUAA